AUGUUGGAACGGCAGGUGAUCGAGGUCGUCGGCGCACUCUCCAAGGCAUUUCUCACGCUUGGAUGCAGGUCUGUGCGUGUGCACGGGACGGAGAAUCUGCUUCGUGUGCUCAACGAUACGGACCGAAUAAAUGCUGGGCGCGGUGUGCUCACAUGUACCCUCGAUGAGCCGCUCAUGUGGGGCGCGAUGCCUAUGUAUACCUACUCCAGCGCGCACACUACGCGGUGGAGUCUCGGCGCGAGCGACAUUAUUUUUACAAACUCCUUCUUUUCUUGGUUCUUUCGAAAAGGACAGACAUUAGAAGUGUUCCGUGGGCAGGGAAUUUUUCAAAGCGCGCUGGACAAUGCCGUGUUGGAAUUGGAAAGGGGGCACUGGGUGCAUAUUUUCCCCGAAGGCCUCGUAAAUUUGUCCAGCUCGACGGCGCUCAAGCCGUUCAAGUGGGGCGUGUCGCGCUUGUUUCUGGAGCCGCUAGAGGCGCCGGUGGUGGUGCCCAUAUGGCUUACGGGAUUUGACCAAAUCAUGCCGAACAAUAGAGCACAUCCGCGCUGGAUGCCGCGGCGCAAUGCAGACGUGUCUGUGACGUUUGGCGAGCCGCUACGCGAGGAAAUCACGGCGACAUAUCAUAACGCAUUCCAUGAGCUAUGCAGGGAUGCUUCUGUGGCGCCAUACGAUGCACAGUGGCCGCCACGAUUGGCUUCAGGUAUCGUGCCAAACGAAGUGUUUCCCACGCGCGGGCCGCCGAAGCUUGCGCCGCAAGAUUCGGAGGCGUAUGCGACGUUGCGCAGCUACUUUGCCGCUGUGUUGCGCAGAGAGCUGCAUUCGCUGGGAUGCCAAGUGCGUGCACGGCAUGGACUUCCGCCAGGCGAGGGCAUACUAUCGCACGGUCACGAACGCGGCGAGAAAAAUAGCCACGUCUGA